AUGACGGAGGUAAUCGACGAAUGGAUAAUUGAUCCUGGUCAAUCCAGAGCAGGAUUAGAAGACAACCCAGACCUACCCACAUAUCUGGACUCACUUUCUACCUUCCUUGAGCAGCGAUUUCUUGAGCUGAGAGAUGAGACCGACUUGGAAGAAGCAGUACAGCUUGGGCGAGAAGUGCUGCAAUUGGCCCCGGCAGACCAUCCCAAAUUAGCGUCAUUUAUGAGUAAUCUCAGUCGUUGUCUUGGCCAUCAGUAUCCCACAAGUCACUCUUUGUCAAUUAUUGAUGAAGCUGUCCAGCUUGGAAGACAGGCCGUUCUGCAAACAAAAAAUCCAGAGGAUGAGAACAGGGUCCGGGAGAAUCUUGCAACCCAACUAUAUGAACGCUUUUUGCACCAGGGAACAAUAGAUGAUAUCGAUGAAGCAAUCCGGAUUUUAAAGACUAUCCUCCACGAUCUCCACUACAACAACAGCGUUCGGGAACAUUACCAGGACAAGAUCGGCACUUACCUUGAAGUCCGAUAUUUGAAACUAGAACACAUAGAGGAUCUCGACGAAGCCAUUCAAUUCGGCAGACUAUUGGUGCGGGAAACUUUCAAAUUCAACCCAAUUUUGCCAAAAUACUGCUGGACACUAGCAGAUCGCUUAAUUAAGAGAUGCAAAGUCACGUCGCAGAAGGAGCACGUGCUGGAGGCUGUGGAAUUAGUCACGCAGGCUCGCAAACAGGAAUUUAUCAAUGAGGCUGGGGCCCUGAACAACUUAGCUGUUAAGCUAAGUGUUGAAUACACGAACACCGGAGAUCUUCAGUACCUUGAUCAAGCUAUCAAUCUCGGGGAACAGAUCAUGCAAACCGUGCCGGAAGACCACUCGACCUUUGCUGUCGGCUCCUUUAAUCUGAGCAAUAACUUCUUCCGUCGAUAUCUGAAGCUAAGAGCGAAGGCGGAUUUGGAAGGAGCUAUUAAUUUUGGAAUUAAAUCAUUACAAGCAACCUCAAGUGAUAGCUUGAAGAAACAUGAACGAUGGAAUGCUAUCGGCACCUAUCUGGAACAUCGAUACAUAAGAGAGGGCGACAUCGCGGAUCUAGAUCAGGCUAUCAAAAUUGGGGAGCUGAUAGGGCAAGAAACAAAAGACAACGUUGCAUACCAAGACGAAUAUCGGAGAUAUCUGAAUAAUCUUGGAUUGAGAUACCAAAAGCGAUUCUUAUGGUCCAGCAGUCGCCAUGACCUUGAAGAAGCAAUUUCACGCGGGAAGCAAGCAGUGUCAGGGACUAUAGAUCACCAUCCGGAUAUAGCCCUGUUCUGCCAUAAUCUAUCAAUGGCUCUUGAUAUCAAAUAUGCAGAGUCAAAAGCUUUGUGGGACCUAGAAGAGGCCAUUCUUUGGGGCAGGACCGCGAUUUCUCAGACCUAUCCUGAUAAUAACCCCGAGCUGGCCAGAUAUAAAUCCCACCUUGGUAUGCGGCUAGAGAAGCUAUAUGCGAUCUCCAAAAAUCUUCAAGACAUGAAAGAUGCAAUAAAAUAUUAUGACUUGGCUCUCCAUCAAAUCAACGGGCUUACUCAAUAUCGCGUUGAGGCGGGCACGAAGCUACUAAGAUGCCAUGCCACGAUGGAAAACUGGGAACAAGCUUUCGAGGCCGCGCAGCUCGCAGUGAGCCUAAUUCCCUCACUGUCCCAUCGCUCUUUGGAAAACUUCGAUAAGCAGUAUGUUCUCUGCCAGGCUGCUGGCCUGGGAUGUGACGCGGCCGCACUUGGACUUAUAACCGGCAGAGAUGGUCUGGCCGCGUUGCUCCUCCUUGAACAAGGACGCUGUGUCCUCUCAGAGUCAAUCCAAGAUAUCAGAACGAACCUCAAAGACCUGAGUGGUAAAUAUCCCCAAAAAGCUGAAGACUUCAUCCGUGUCCGUUCUGAGCUGGAGGAUCCUAUGAUGGAGGUAAAAUCGAUCCUGGGAAGCAGUGAUGAGUCGUUUGUACAAACUCAGGUCAUUCAAACAAAAGCUCAUCGCCGCUUUGAAAUCAUAAGAAGAUUGAUGAAAUUACAAGAUGAAAUUCAAUCAAUUCAUGGGCUCAAAUAUCCCGAAAAGGCCGAGGAUUUCGUCCGUCUCCGCUCUGAUUUAGAAAAUUGCCUAACACAAGGAGCGUUUGUUUCGGAAAGCAACAAUCAAUCAUCUGCCCGGGCUCAGACGAAUCAUCGAUAUGGGACGGUGAGGAAGCUGGAUCAACUGGUAGCUGAUAUACGAGCAAUGCCUGGCUUGGAGGAUUUCAUGAAAGCUCCCGACUGGACGGAGAUAAGCGCCGCUGCCAACAGUGGCCCGAUUGUUGUUAUAAAUGCCAGCAACUAUCGAUGCGAUGCAAUCCUGAUUAAUGAGAAUGACAUAAAAACUAUACCCUUGCCAGGCUUAAAUCUAGAAGAGGCAAAGAGAAGAAGCAGGCGACAUCAAAUAGAUAGUCCUUCGACUCUGAAGUGGCUGUGGCACACAGUAACUGGUCCAAUUCUAGAUGCUUUGGGGUUUUCACAUUCUCCAGCUCAGAGUGAAUGGCCUCAUGUAUGGUGGAUUCCCACUGGCAUCUUAACGAAGCUACCCCUUCACGCUUCAGGUCUUCACUACCAAGGAUCUACUGAAACAGUGCUAGAUAGAGUGGUUUCAUCUUACAGCACAUCAAUCCGAUGUAUGAUCUAUGCACGGCAGCAGGACUUCACCCCACCUGGAACUUCUUCAAAGGCGCUGUUAAUUGGUAUGGAAAAUACCCCAGAGAAUAGUCAUCUUAAAUUUGCGAAACAGGAGGUCAAUACUCUGGAAAAGAUAUUCAAGGAGAUGUCUCUGGACAUCUUGAAUCAGUUAACAUGCAAAAAGGACGUCGAAUUGCUUCUUCCAGACUGCAAAAUAUUUCAUUUUGCUGGACAUGGGCACGCUGAUUCAAAGGAUCCAUUGCAGAGCUACCUUCUGCUGCAAGACUGGAAGACCGACCGUCUGACAGUGGCUAGCCUAUUGGAAAUGAAUCUCUGCAAGAACCCCCCUUUCCUCGGCUACCUCUCAGCAUGCGGGACCGGGCGAAGCGGAGACGAUGAGUUUAUCGACGAGAACCUUCACCUCAUCAGUGCUUACCAGCUGGCCGGCUUCCGCCAUGUUAUCGGCACUCUAUGGGAGGUUAAUGAUGAACAAUGCGUCCAUGUCGCUCGAAGGACAUAUGAGGUGAUAAGAGAUAAAGGGAUGACUGAUGAAUCAGUCAGCCUAGGCCUGCAUGAAGCCUGUAUAGAUCUUCGAGAUCAGUGGCUUACUGAGCGAGCUAAUAAAAAGAUACGGAUCCAAUCUAGAGAGAGAGAACUACCUUCACCGGAUGAGCAGAAGAGAGAGUGCCCGACAUUAAGUCAUAAGGGCGAGAGUAUUGGGCCAUCACCUCGAGAUGCUAUUCCAGCUUCCUCAGACGAUGAGGAUAUAUCUAGAGGGCCAGUGCACUGGAUACCCUAUGUUCACUUUGGACUAUAG